GCAGAAUAAGCCUCGGGUGGCGGGGGCUGAGAGCUGUAUCUAUGCGUAUGCCCCAGCUGGCAUGCAUAGCACAGCCUGGCACAGCUGUCAUAGAGCAACCACAUUGAGGGCAGAGAUAUAUACAGUUAUUUCCAAGUCCAACACAAUGUGAUCAUACAUUCCGCAUCUUGCCUGGGAUUUUCCACACUAAGAAUUCUCCUCCUUGCGCCGCCGAAAUGGCAGAGGCACUUGGGGUCGUUGGCAUCGUCGCGAGCUUCGCCCAGCUCAUCGACCUGGGAGGCCGCAUCGUGAUCCGUCUCCACGAAUAUCACUCUAGGGCCGGUGACCUUCCCGAGACGUUCAAACACAUCGCGAACGAGCUCCCGGUCCUUCUCGAUGCGCUCAAGCAAACGCAAUGCGCUAUCGACACCGGCGUCAUAAACGCUACGUCGAGCCAAGCUCUACGUCCAGCGAUAAAUGGUUGCAAGGCUCAGAUCGAACAACUGAGCAGCGUUAUUGGGAAUGCAUUACCGGCUUCACGCGACUCGUGGGUGCGACGCAGUGGGAAGGCGCUUGUUAGCUUUCGUUAUGACAGUAAGGCGGCGAAAAUCAUAGGGGUGAUAAGAGACUAUGUACAAACUCUUACGUAUCACGCCACUACUAGCACUUCGAGGGCUUCAGCAGCGCCUCCGGUGGAUCGUCCAAUUCCCUCUUCCAAUGUACCCUUCCGACGCGAUCCGAACUUCGUAGACUGUCAUAUCCUCGAGCAAGUGCAGACUAGAUUCUCACAACCAGCUAACAGGCUAGCGCUGGUUGGGCUCGGCGGCGUUGGUAAAUCACAGCUUGCGGUCGAGUACUCGUAUCGGGUUCGCGAGAUAGACGACUCGAUCUGGGUGUUCUGGAUACACGCGGGGACGACCGAACGCUUCAUCGAGGGAUAUCGGAAGAUUGCCGAAAGAGCUAGAAUUUCCGGUCGGGAUGACCCAGGUGUAGACGUGCUCGCCAUUGUCAAUGCCUGGCUGUCUGAUGAGUCCAAUGGGCGGUGGCUGUUAAUCGUUGACAAUGCAGAUGACAUGGAAGUCAUCACAUCGAAUCCGAGCGGAGGACUUGGUCUCCCAAGGGCCAGCACUGGCGGAUCAGCAGGUUCAUCUCGACGUCCGAUAUGGGAUUAUAUCCCACAAUCAUCAAAUGGAUCGGUGUUGGUCACAUCUCGAAAUCGUGAGGUCGCUUCUCGCAUAACUGGAGCCUACGCAAACAUCGUGACAGUCGACCCAAUGGACCAAAAAUAUGCCCUUCUUCUUUUAAAAACCCAACUCGGCAUGACCACUACACAACAAAUUGAGGAGCAGAAGGAGGAGGAGGCAAAGGCCCUCGUAGAGCUACUCGACCACAUGCCUCUCGCUAUAUCUCAAGCAGCCGCUUAUAUCAACCAAAGAUUUCCACGCAUGAGUAUGUCAAGAUAUCUGCAGCAGGUCCGCGAAAAUGACGAAGAAAUAUCUCGGCUGUUGGAAGUUGAUCUCGGAGACAUUCGUAGAGACGGAACAGCAUCGAACUCCAUAAUCCUAACUUGCCAGAUGUCGUUCGAGCUCAUCCACCGGGAACGUCAGUCCGCAGCACACCUUCUAUCCCUUAUGAGCUUGUUUAAUCGGCAAGGCAUUCCGGAACACUUACUCGCCGGAUACUACAAGGAACAUGGGACAAGCAAGCUAUUUGAAGACGACCUCAACACACUGCUCAGCUUCUCGCUCAUAGCCACAGAGACAGACGGCGAGCACUUUCAGAUGCACAGACUUGUGCAAUACUCGACCAGGCGAUGGCUCGAGAUACGAUCGGAGCUGGGGGGCUUGAAAGACACAUACAUCCACUACUUGGCUAGUAAAGCCAGUGUGAACGAGGACCUCGUAAAAACGUACGAUGAUCUGUUCCCACAUGCCCAGGCCGCUGCUGCGUAUCUUCCAAACAGCGCCGCAGUGUUCAAGGACUGGUCGAUUAUCAUCGGGAAUGCUGUCUGGUAUGCAUACCAUGUGGGGAUGUAUCAAGUAGUAGAAGAACUGGCAAGGCUCUGCUUGCGUACAAGGGAAAGUAUACCUAACGCAGAAGAGAUCUACAUAAGCUGGGCAUCCAACUACCUGGCGUACUGCUUACGGGUGCAGGGAAAGUACGCAGAAGCCGAGUCCGUUCUGCAUCAGGUUCUAGAAGAGGAAGAGGGGCGCAACGGACCAGAUGCACAGUCGACCCUAGAAGCCAUGGGCCAUCUCGCGAACAUGUUCAGCGAAAGCGGCAAGUUGAAUGACGCACAUGCCCUGUACUCAAGACUGCUGCCUGCUCAGGAUCGACUAUAUGGACCACUUCAUCAGGACACACUGAGAUUACGCGCCCGGUUCGCGGCCCUGUUGGCUCACAUGGGACAAUUUAAGGACGCGGAAGAAUUGAACCGAAGCGUAUUACAGGAGUUGAUCAAUCACAAUGGCUCGGAGCAUAUCACCACCCUCGAGUCAAUGUUCUGCCUGAGCGACGUGCUCAUGUGCCAGCAAAAACACGACGAAGCCGUAAUUCAUCUUCGUAACAUUGUUCGAACUUGUGAAAAGUCGUUCGGUGCGACACAUCCUAGGACCUUAUCGAGCGCAAGGUGUCUUGGCACGGCUCUCGCAUGUCUAGAUGAAUUUGAGGAUGCAGAACUAAUUCUGCAACGAACGUUGCAGCAUUACACGAGAUUGUUCGACGAUGAGCAUUACUAUACUUUGGAGACCUUACAGAGUCUUGCUUUUCUAUGUCACCGGCAGUGCAAAUAUCAAGAAGCAGAGGAUUUGCAGAGACGAGUGCUUGCUGUAAAGAUCAAAGUACUCGGGGAACAUCAUCCCGAUGUGUUUGACGCCUUGAGCAGCAUUGCCCUGGCGAUGAAGUGCCAAGGACGGGAUGACGAGGCUCUCGAAAUGAUCAGAAAGUGCUUAGAACUGGGAGAACAGGUCUUAGGGCCUAAUCAUUCGCAUACCAAACUGGCCCGGAAUUAUUUGUUGGCUUGGACUCACAAACAUGAUGGUGAAAGGACGGCCAGCAUCGAUUUUCCUUUGGAACAGGCAAUAGAGCAGAAGUUGGUCCUCGCACCCAUUAGUACAUAAAUCACUACAUCUGAUCAACAGAAUCUAACACCAGAGAAAGAGAUCGGCUUCUAGUG